GAGCAACAACAUGACCAUCCAGAACCCCAAAGAAGAAGACGUCAACGACUGUCUGGUAGUGUUUGAACCACACUGAUGGAAACGCGGUUGAUUGGAAAGUAGUCGACAUUUGUUAUUCCUGUCAGCGGAGAAGCUCCAGGUUGGAUCCAAGUGGACUGUACAUAGGAAGAAACUAACCGAGGGGUCCUACAUGGCUGCUCCAACACUACAACAGCCCAGCUUCCUCCUGGCCAAUCUUAAAGCCGACACCUCCACCAAACCUCUCCUCCACCGAUGCCAAGAUCUGGUGAAGAUCAUCGACGACUAUCCUGCAAAGGAGCUUCACGCCAUUUUCCCCUGGCUGGUGGAGACUGUGUUUGGCAGUCUGGACGGCAUCAUCGCAGGCUGGAACCUGCGACUCCUGCACUCACGGAGCAAUGAGUACAACAUUGUCCUGGAGUUUCUUAAACCCAGUGGGCCGAUGAUGAAGCUCGUGUAUAAACUUCAAGCAGAGGAGUACAAAUACGAAAUACCUGUCAAUUAUCUUCCGGGUCCGGUGAAGGCCUGCAUCCAGGAGGGAGUCCUCCCCGACUGUCCGCUGUUCCACAACAAGCUGCAGUUCCCCCUGUCGGGUCUGCUGACUCUGAACCUCGCUCUCAAUCCGUUUGAAUUCUUCAUGUUCAAUUUCGCCUACUGUCUCAUCACGCCAAAGAGUUAUCCCCAAGGCCAACAAGGAAGCUCCACCGACAGCGCCUAUUUUGUGCUCGUGGACACUUACCUCAAAUACUUCCUCCCCAGUGAGGGAAGUGUACCGCCUUCCCCUUUCUCCGACUCAAGAGGCUCUGUCACGGCACCUUCACCCAGAUCUUCCAGUGUUUCUUUUGCUGGUUAUGGCGUUCACAGCCCCAGUCUCCUGAAGCAUCACAUAUUCCAUCAACCGUCGGUGAACGCAGACCCCGCAGCGCAGGAAAUCUGGAGGUCUGAAACACUGUUACAGAUGUUUGUGGAGAUCUGGCUCCAUCACUACUCCUUAGAGAUGUACCAGAAGCUGCAGUCUCCUCAGGUAAAGCUGGCGCUGCUGCAGUACCGCCUCAGUAUGUCCAGCAUGCCGUGCCAACCCUACGCCCAACCAGGCUCUGGGACCUGCCACACCUACCAAGUACUUUUACCUUUUCAUUCACCCCCGCCCCUCUGGGGCCUCCUGGAGGAACCCUUCAGCCCGACAGAGGAGCACGUGUUGGUGGUGCGUCUCCUGGUGAAACAUCUGCACGCCUUCUCCAACAGCCUGAAGCCGGAGCAGCUGUCCUCGUCGCCCUCGGCCCACUCGCACACGCAUACCAGCCCGCUGGAGGAGUUCAAGAGAGUGGUGGUGCAGCGUUUUGUGCAGCAGAAACUCUACCUGUUUCUCCAGAACUGCUUCGGUCACUGGCCUCUAGACGCCUCUUUCAGAGCGGUGUUGGAGACGUGGCUGAGCUACAUCCAGCCGUGGAGAUACACCGGGGAGAAGACUAAUCCUCAGCAAGACCAAAACAGAACAGUACCGGACAAAUGGGAGUUGUUUGUUCAGGAGAACCUGCUCAUGUACACGAAGCUCUUCCAGGUGUUUCUGAACAGAGCCGUGAGGACGGAUCUGGUUAAUGCCAAAAAUGCCCUGAUGGUCUUCAGGGUGGCCAAAGUCUUCGCUCAGCCGAACCUCGCUGAGAUGAUCCAGAAAGGAGAGCAGCUGUUUCUGGAGCCGGAGCACGUCCUGCACCACCGCCAGCCGCGCGGCUACCUGACGCCGAGCCAAGGCGGCAGCUACGUGUCGUCAAAGCAACGGGUGGUGACCGACAUGGUGUUCAGGGUGAAGAGCCACGUCUAUGCUCUGGAAGGCCAGGACUGCCAGUACAAACAGAUGUUUGGCACCGAGCUCAGAGGAGCCGUCAUGAAGUUAAUCCAGAUCAUUGCACAGGCCAGACAGACGGCCAAGAGGAUAUCGGAUCACUCCAGCGUGGCGACGGCCAAUAACUCGUUCAUGUCCUGGUUCGGGAUGGGCUCCUCGGACCUCAACAACACCUUCAACGGAGCCGAGGCGGAGGAGAGCGGGGAGUGCUUGAAAAAGACCCACGAGUUCCUGGACAGAGCUCUGGAGAACUUGUGUCAAAUCUUUAAGCUGAACCAGGGUCAGCUGACUCAGCUGAUAUCCAACCUCGGCUCUUCGCAGGACGACGGCAACUGUAAGCAGCUGCCCGACUGCAUCCAGGGAGAGAACGGACUCAUUCUAACUGACCUCGGCAGGAAGCAGAUUAUAAGUGGACUGCGCAGGUUUGACAUUCGGUAUCAAGGAGACCCGGAGCUGCAGCCCAUUAGGAGCUAUGAGAACGCCCUGCUGGUCAGGCUUCUCUACCGGAUCUCUUCUCUGCUUAACGACAGGUUCGGAGGGCACAUGAAUGCGCUCUGCUCGCGCCAAGACUUCCUGGGUCGCCUGGGUCGUCACUACUUGGCAGAUCCCAAUUCUACGACACAACUGAAGCAGAGCCCGCUGUCCCGGCGGACGUUGGAGAGGAACCGGCAGCCGCGGCUGAGCCUGCGCCCGCUGGCCAGCUACCGGACCAUCCUGCUGCUGCUCAUCUUCUACGUGUUGGGAGCCGUCCUGUCGUUCGGACCCGUCUCCAGCACUCUGCUCAUCCUCGGCGGCGGGUUCCUGUUGGGACUCGUGAUGACUCUGUUUGGAGACAAACUGAAAAAACACUAGCUGAGCCGCGGGGUUCCUACACACGUCCGAAACAUCUGCACAGAAUCAAUUCCAUCAAGUCCAGCUUUGAAUGUUUUUGCAAAACAAAAAUGUGUGAAAUCCAAUGAUAUUAUAUCCAUAAUGGAUGAUGAAUAAUGUUUGUUAUUGAUGCACGGCUGCAACUAACGGAUGAUUUUCAUAACAAGUCAUAAGUUCAUAAGUCAGUUAUUUUCUUUAAUCAUCGUUUAGACUAUAUAAACUUUUUUUAAUGCCUGUAGAAGUGGUAUCAUCAAAUGUUUUUUUGUCUUCCAACCAACAGUCUAAAACCCCCAAAAUAUGAAAUUUACUGCAAUGUAAGGGUGAAAAGAAAAAAACUAAACUUUCACAUUUUAGAAGAUUAAAGCUAUAGUGCGUAGUUUCUGCCACCCCCAUGAGGAAUAGUGUAAGUACUCGCUGUAGUGUAAGUACUCGCUGUAGUGUAAGUACUCGCUGCAGUGUAAGUACUCGCUGUAGUGUAAGUACUCACUGCAGUGUAAGUACUGUCUGUAGUGUAAGUACUCGCUAUAGUGUAAGUACUCCCUAUAGUGUAAGUACUCCCUAUAGUGUAAGUACUCUGUUUCUGAACACAGACUCUUGAGCUAUCCAGGACUUUCUAAUCCAGGGGGGGGUCAAACUCAUUUUAGUUCAUGGGCCACAUCCCCCUAAUUUAACCUCAAGUGGGCCGGACCAGUAAACCAUUCCAGAAAGAUUAGAAACUUUAUCUGCUUGAUGUUGGCAAACGCAGGUUGCUUCUGCUACGACAGCGUUGUAAGGCCAUUAU